GGCAGCUCCGUGUUGUUUGGAUAAAGAGCGUCGACAUUGUUGUAGACCUUGGAGGGUUACGUUUACCCAAAACUUCAUUUCAAAUGGGCCCCGUCGCCUAGCGUUUCCUCCCCCCAGCCUCGCCGACUGAGCUAAAUUGGGUGCCGCUUAACACCGAGCACGUCUGGGUCAGCUAAGGACUCCAUCGAACACGUUGCAGUGACCAAACAGCCGGAGAAUGGCAGCGAUCCCAGCAGGCGGUUCUCUCGUGGCGACCACUGACUACUACCGAAGGCGCAUCGGCUCGACUUCCAGCAGCAGCUCAUGUGGCAGUUCGGAGUACAGCGGAGAGGUCAUUCCUCACCAUCCAGGUCUUCCCAAGCAGGACUCUGGCCACUGGUGGUCCAGUUUCUUCUUUGGGAAGCAGCCAGGAAUGACCCCAGUGACUGAGGAGGCCCAACAGAAGGCGGGGGUGCCGGGUGCAGUGACCAACGGUCAGAUCACCUGCAUCGCCAAGGAGAUGGCGGUGCAGCGGCAGGCGAGCGAGAGCAGCGAGGCGGGGAGCCCCGCCCCCUCGUGAUCCUGCCGUCAGCGCUGCACCUCGGGGAGCAGAACCAUCGACCAACGCUAGGUGACGGAGACUGUCCCGUUUACAACUUUUUCUUUUCUUUUUUAAAAUGUUUGUUGUAGUAAAGGCUGCCUUGUUUUGUUGUAACCUUUGUGUCUUUUUAUUAUUAUAUUAUUUUUUACGACCAGAAAGAGAGCAAUGUUUGUUGGCACUAAUAAGCUCGUAAACAUUUGUCAUGUUUUCUAAUCCAGUGUUCCUUUGACACACUUUGGCUCAAACACUCACAUGCCCAUGGUAAAUAUUUGUCACCAUGAGAUCUUUUAAUAAAGUAGAUUGUUGCAGCCUAA